AUGGAAUCGCAGCAAACCCCCGCUCAAAAGAAUGCGUCUGCUCGGCGACGUGCAAAGCGGUCCGUCAAUUCCCCAGCGGCUCGCAAGAACUAUGCCUCCGAGAACGACAUCCCCAGCUGCGAGCCUUCGUUUCCCCUCGAGCCGUUUACCCCCAAGAAGUCGGUAGCCAAUUCCCCGGCACUCUCAUCCCAGCCAGCCCAGGCCAAGUCGAAGCCUCGGAAUGGCAACAAGUCGCGUCCGAGGCAGGUGACCUCGCCAGGCCCCUCCAGGCAGGGUAGGACCACACCUCCAAACACGGCUCCGUCCAAGCCGGCUGCAGCACAGGCUUUUGCUGGCGGAACCUUCCAUGCAUCUCCCGCACCGUCCUCGCUUCCAAUCCCAAGCUUUCUCUCCAAGGCCUUGGAUUCCCCUUCAGUUCAGGCUGCAAGCCGUGCCGGACGAGAGCCAUCGCCCCCGGCUACCGACACGGAGGCUGCUCCUACCCCUCAACAUCGUGUUCUGACGGCAUACAACGCCCACGAAGAGUCGCCCUUGGACAUAUUUUUCCGCGCAGACAGGGCUGAGAAGGAGCGUGCGCGGCGGGCGAGCUCGGCUAAUAUCUACGCCUCUACCCCGGGCUUCCACUCUCCCGCAGCUCAUGUCAACUCUCCAUCCGAGCCUAGGACGGUUCCGAAUGGGUUGUUUGGCAAUGGGCGCGAUCGUCGGCCGGGAUACCAGCGGAAUCCUUCAUCCGGCAUUUCAAUCAGCGAGUUGGACGGCACCCCCGGCAGACCCCUAGGCCCGGCUUUUGCAACACCAUAUCAGGAACGAAUUCGGGCAGCACGAGCCUCGGAUCAGCAGCAACGGGCACCAGCUCCUGUGCCGGCAGUCGCCCAAUCACAUGUCCCGACUGAACAACCGGCCUCGACUUCGGAGCUCACUGAAAAACUCAAGCGCUUUCUUGCAAUUUCCCCGGUCCAGGGCCAGAAUGGCGUCCAGCAGCAGCCUCAACAGUUAUCGCCACCAUUUCUGUUUGCUCCUGCUCAGAUUACUCCCAGCUCGACGAGUUCAGUACCAUCAGCAUCUGCUGUCUCGACCUCGGCAAUGGGUUCUGAAUCUAUCACAAGCCGCUCGCCAGAUAUUAGACAGAUGGAGGACAGUCUGCGCCGGAUCCUGAAGCUCGACUCGGGGAAUGCCAUUCCACAAAUGGCCAAGGAGGAGAAUCGCCACAUCCAGUGA